AACACUUUGUGAAAUACGACUGCAAAGUAUCUUUACCGAUUUCUCCCAUAACAAGUUAUCAAGGGAUGAAGCUGUUAACAAACUACGAGGUGAUGUAACACAGAAAUUAAUGCAGGGAUUUCCAGGCACGGAUUCAUUGAUUGCAAAUGAAGUUUUCUCAAGAACAGCAAAAAAUGUUUUUAGAAACCUAAUUUUGGAUGAGGAUAUAAGAUGCGAUGGAAGAUCCCUUCAUGAUAUGCGAAUGAUCAGCUGUGAAGUUGACCUUUAUCGCACCUUACAUGGUUCUGCCCUCUUUCAGCGAGGCCAGACACAAGUCCAGUGCACAGUAGCAUUUGAUGCGCCAGAAAAUAUACCUAAAUUAGACCCAUUAUUGGAGGCAACAGGGGGACACAAAGACAGAAAUUUUAUUCUACAUUACACCUUCCCAUCAUUUGCUACAAAUGAAGUCUCAAGAAGUGGCCCUGUGUCACGGAGGGAAGUUGGCCAUGGGGCAUUGGCAGAAAAAGCUCUACGCCCACUUCUUCCAACAAACUUCCCUUUUGCAAUCCUUCUCACAUCCACUGUCAUGGAGUCUAAUGGUUCCUCAUCUAUGGCAACUGUUUGUGGUGGAAGUCUUGCCCUUAUGGAUGCUGGCGUGAAUCUGUCUUCUCCAGCAGCAGGGGUUGCUGUAGGGCUUGUAACACGUUAUAAUACCAGUGAACAGCUUCAGGAAUACAAGAUUUUGACUGAUAUACUGGGUAUAGAAGACUAUAUGGGAGAUAUGGACUUCAAACUUGCAGGAACUCAUAAAGGCAUUACAGCUCUCCAGGCAGAUGUGAAAGUUCCGGGAAUUCCUCUUAAAGUAGUUAUGGAGGCCAUACAGCAAGGCACAGAGGCUAAAGGUGCUGUCCUAGCCAUUAUGAGAGAAACAUUAGCCCAGCCAUGUGAACAGAACAAGGAAACAAUGCCAGCUCUAGAGAAAAUAGUUGUGCCACCAAAUAAGAGGAGUAGGGUCAUGGGCCCUGGUGGUAUCAAUAUUCGCAAGUUGCAGUCUGAGACAGGAGUUCAGCUUACUUGGCAAGAAGAUGGCAUUUUGUCAGUGUUUGCUCCCAACCAGUCAUCCUUAGAAGAAGCAAGAGAAGUGCUGAAUGAAUUAUUGAAAGAUAAUGAACCUACAUUAGAAUUUGGUUCUAUCUACACAGCUACAAUUGUUGAGUUGAGGCCCCAGGGGGUUAUGGUAACUCUUUAUGAUGACAUGCCACCUGUCUUACUCCAUAAUUCUCAGUUGGACACUAGAAAGAUCCAGCAUCCUAGUGUUCUUAGUCUUGAAGCUGGCCAGCAAAUCAAGGUUAAAUAUUAUGGCAGAGAUCCAGCCUCAGGUCACAUGAGGAUCUCUCGACGAGCACUCCAGGCUUCCAACAUAGUUGCAAGAAAUCUGCAUAAAACUGAACCUGUAUAAACAAUAAUUAGAAAUGUAAAGGAAACUUUUGUAUAUACUUAC